AUGCCGCCUGAGGUGUCCACAGGGUUUGGCAAGGUGCUGGACGCACUGACAGGCAGCAAGGAUUCGAUCAAGGCCAGCCAGGCCUGGUUCAUGGCGUGCGCCCCCUAUGCCCCUGGCAUGGCGCGCCUCAUGGCCGACCGCGCGAUCGCCAGCCGCGACACCGAUAAGCAGCUCCACAUUAUAUAUCUGGCCAACGACAUCAUAUUCAAAGCCAUCGCCGCAAAGCAGCUGCAGGCCGCCGCCGCCGCCGCGGCCGCCGCCGCCGGCGCCGCGCCUGCCGCGGCGCCGCAGGCCGGCGCUGCGCAGUCCGACGCGGUGAUCGCCGCGUUCGCGCCGUUUGUGGGCGCGAUGCUGGCGGCGGGGGCGCGGCUGGCGGGUGACAACACAGACCACCUGCUGAAGGUCAGCCGCAUCCUGGACUUCUGGUGCGAGAAGGGCGUGUUUGACCAGUCAACGCUGGCGCGCGUGCGGCGCGAGUUCGCGAGCAAGGACCCGUCUGCGGCGAUGGCGGCGGCGGGCGUCGGGCCGAUCGGGUUUGCCCCGCCGCCGCAGCUCGCGGCGCCGGUCGCGGCGGCGCCGGCGGCCGCAGCGUAUGCCUACCCUCAAGCGGCGGCGCCAGCGGCAUACCCGGCGGCGGCGGCGCCUGUGGCGGCAGCUGCGUGGGCGCCCCAGCCCGCGUCGCACCCGGGCUGGCCCGCUCCCGCCUACACUGCCCCCCCGCACGGCGCGCCCGCCUGGCCGGCGCAGCCCGGAGCGCCGCAGCCCUAUGCUGCCGCCCCUCAGCCCGACCCCAGCGGCCCCGGCGGCUACGCGCCCGCCGGCCCGCCGGCGCCGGCCCCGCACCCCAUGGCGGCCGCGCACCCUGGCGGCGGCCCCCACCAGCAGCAGCAGCAGCACCACGCGGUGGCAGCUGCCGUGAAGCUGGACGAGCCCCAGGGCGUCAGCAGCUUCAACUUCCCGCCAGGGUUGAUACCGCAGCUGGUCAAAGAAAAGUCAAAGUGGGCGGAGGCGUACGCGCCGAUCCCUGCGGACGAGAUCGAGAGGGCGGGGCUGCCGCCGAUGCCUGAGAAAGACUCGUACCUUUCGCACAGGCUGGCGCGUUUCAAGCUCGAGGUCACAAACUACAAACAGGGCCAGAGCAGGAUCGAUUUCGAGGAGGAGCGCCAGGCGGAGCGCGAGCGCAUGGGCCUCGGCCCAGACAGCGACGACGAGUUUGGGGCGGCGGCGGGCGCGCGCGCGCGGCGGCGGCGGCAGGAGCGCUCGCCGCCGCGGCGGAUGGCGCUCGACCCGACCACAGGGAUGCGGUCAGACGGGUCCUAUGCGGGUCCCAAGGUGCAGCGCGCGGGCUUGGGGGCCAUGGGCGGCCCGCCCGGCGGCGGCGGCCGGCGGGACGGCGGCGGUGACGCGCCGGGUGACCCGGGUGACAUGUACAGCACGUACCGCAGCCUGAGGAGCCACAGCUACCACGACAUGAUCUACAGCGGCGGCGGCUCGUCAAACACGUUCCGCGGCGGCCGGUGA